AUGGCAGAAGCCGGUCUUAAAAUAGUCACGGAACCUGCCAGCCAGGGGGCUGCUGAAGAAGAGAUGGCUAGCUCUACUAGUGAUUCUGGGGAAGAAUCUGACAGCAGUAGCAUUAGCAGCAGCACUACCUGCUGCAGCAGCAGUAGCAGCAGCGGCAGUGGCAGCAGCCGCAGCCUCUUGUACAGAAAGAAGAGGAUACCUGAGCCUUCCAGAAGAGCACGCCGGGCUCCGUCAGGUACAAAUUUCGUGGAUAGGCUGCCGAAAGCUGUCAGAAAUCGGGUGCAAGCGCUCAGAAAUAUUCAAGGUGAAUGUGACAAGGUAGACGCUUUGUUUUUAAAGGCAAUUCAUGAUCUUGAAAGGAAGUAUGCUGAACUCAAUAAGCCUCUAUAUGAUCGGCGAUUUCAAAUCAUCAACGCAGAAUAUGAGCCUACACAAGAAGAAUGUGAAUGGAAUUCAGAGGAUGAGGAGUUUAGUAGUGAUGAGGAGGUGCAGGAUGACACCCCUAGUGAAAUGCCUCCCUUGGAGGGGGAGGAAGAAGAAACCCCUAAAGGUAGUGCUGAGGUGAAAAAUGAAGAAAAAGAGGUUCCAAAAGAAAUUCCUCAUUCAGAGGCUGAAGAAAAAGAUGUUCCUAAAGAAAUUGCUGAGGUAAAUGCUGAAAUAAAAGCUCAUUCCUCUGAUUGUAUGGACGUAACUCCAGAAAAAGAAGAAAACCCUGAAGAAGCCUCCCAGUCAAAGGGAGAAAAUAAAGAACAGUCUAAACUAAUUGAAUCUAAGGCCAGGGCUACAGUCAGAGAAGGUCAUAAAAGUGUUCCUGACACUAGACCUAAAGAAAGAGUGAAUCUUAAAAGAGCUCGAGAGGGAAAACCUGAAAAGGAAGAGCCCAAAGGCAUUCCUAACUAUUGGCUGACUGUUUUGAAAAAUGUUGACAAACUUGGACCUAUGAUCCAGAAGCAUGAUGAGCCUAUUUUGAAGUUCUUGCAAGAUGUUAGCCUGAAGUUUUCACGACCUGGCCAGCCUAUCAGUUACACCUUUGAAUUUCAUUUCCUACCCAAUCCCUACUUCAGAAAUGAGCUGCUGAUAAAGACAUACAAAAUAAAGUCAAAACCAGAUCACAAUGAUCCUUUCUUCUCUUGGGGAUGGGAAAUUGAAGAUUGCAAAGGUUGCAAGAUAGAUUGGAGAAAAGGAAAGGAUGUGACUAUAACAAUAACCAACAGUUGCACAACUGCUACUGGGGAAAUUGAAUUCCUGCCCAGAGUGGUUCCUAAUGCAUCAUUCUUCAAUUUCUUUAGUCCUCCUGAGAUUCCUCAGAUUGGAAAGCUGGAACCACGAGAAGAUGCUAUCCUAGAUGAGGACUUUGAAAUUGGUCAAAUUUUGCAUGACAAUGUCAUCUUGAAGUCAAUUUAUUAUUUUACAGGAGAAGUCAAAUGCUCCUACUAUGGAGAUGGCAGAGAUUAUGGAAAUAGGAAAUAUCGGAAAUAA